GUCAUCGCGUGUUAAAAAGUGAGGAGAGAGAGAGAGAAAGAGAGUGGAGUGACUGGAAGGUUGGAUGUAAUCAAUAAUAGUAGCAAGUCGUGGAGCCGACGAGAUCAGUCGAAAGAAAGUGUAUUUAACAUACUUAUAAAAAGUGUAACGCUAGUACAACAACCGGCUAUUUAAAAUUCAAAAUAUCACAAAAUGGCUAUUAGUAGAUUGUCUAUAAUCAAAUUUUUGGAAUUGGCUAUCGCCGUUGCUUGUAUAGGUCUUCAUUAUAAAAGUCGAACAAAUGACUUGGAUACAGAUACAUUAUCAGCAGUUGCGUUUGGAGGUUAUGUAAUAAUUUUGAUAGGAGGAUUUGCUGGUUAUUUAAUGAGUACUCCCUUCAACAAAAGAAUCGAUAUAUUCUUUUCCUUGGUUGGUUGCGCUAUUUUCGUAGCAGCGGGAGCUUUGAACAUCAAAAUCUACGACGACUACGGCAAAUCCGAAUGGAGAGACUACGGUCUUUCUAAAGCUUCUCUGGCCAUCAUUAAUGGGGCUCUAUUCUUACUUGAUUCCCUCCUAACAUGGAGAGGAGACUUUUAAAGACAAUAUUUGCUGAUAUAAUUUCAAAAUAUUUUUAUAACAAUUUUACAGUACGGUUCAUAUUUAUUGAAUUUAUAACAAAUGAAUGAAAAUUUAUGAAGUUAUUUGAAAUUAUCUUUAUUAACGUCCAUUUUGUUAACAAAUAUAAUUUCCAUGUACUCCGUAUUAUUAAAAUCGCAAUUUUCUAUUAAUAAGAAUGAUUUCAAUUCAUUUUACAUUGUUUAUAUUGAAUAUUCAUUAUUAUGAUAUUACCUGUUUAUUUUUAAUUACAACGUUUAUCAAUUUUAUAGUGUUAAUUUUUCUGUUAUUAGGAGUAAGAAUUAAUUUUUUUUAUUUCAAUCAAUGUUAUUAAGCUUUUAUUGUGGUCCAACAAAAAAUUCAUCUACUCUCGUAUACCUUUAUUAUUGGAUAUGAAUUUGAAAAUACCAUAACCUCAAAUUCCUUUUCUAUGCAUUUUCCAUAUAUGUAAUACUCCUAUAUGGAUAGUUGGUAUAGGACCCUACGUUACUGCGCAUGCUUCAUGCGUGUAAAAGAUGCGCAGAACUAACUGAAGCGCUCGGAGGAGAGAACGAUACAUAAUUUGUUUCACUUAGUCGGAAUAUCUUCCACUUUUAGGAACUAUCCAUAUAGAAGUAUUACAUAAAUAUGGCAUUUUCUUAUAUCGACGUUUUGUGCCUGAAAAAAUGUUUUAAUGCUUCAAGUGUUGUAGCACUACUGACAUAAAUAUAUUUUUUUGUCAAACAAAAUUAUUUUUAUAACAAAUAUUUUUUUACUGAUAUAAAUUUUAUACUUAUAUAUAUAUUUUUUUGAUACUUUGUUAUAGUUUUUAAUUAUAUAUAUACUCAAGAGAUGUUGCAAAAAAUAAUAUAUUGAUGUGCUUCAACUUGUUGAAUAGAGAUUUGUAUAUAAA